AAUAAAUAUGGACAAAAGACGCGGACCUAUUAUGGUCCCUCGUGAGAGCCCUCAUUAUCAUAGAAUGAGGUACUACUCUGCAAUAAGGAAAGGACUAAAGCAUAUGAGUCAGUCUACAACAUAUCUAGAUGUCCCCACUCAUGUUAUUGAUGACAAUGCAUUUAUUAUCUUCCAAACUGGAAGAGAAGAUCCUCAUGAUAGGAAACAUUCCUCUUUAUCAACAAUCUUUAGUAUUUGGAAUACAAUGGUCGGAUCAGGGCUUUUUACAAUUCCUUGGGCAUUUUCUAACUCAGGUAUUGUGCUUGGUUUGAUUAUUUCAUUCAUCACUUUUGCUAUUUCGUAUUAUACCUGAAGUAUCUACGUCAGGCUGGCUCGCAACGACUCAGAUUUCGCAGAUACGAUGUAUAAAUACUUUGGAAAGAAGGGAUGGGUUGUGACAAUGAUUUUCUCAAUUCUGCUCAUGUUCUCUGUUAUCGUAAUCUACUAUGAACUUAUGUCACAAGCUCUAUUUCCAGUCAUCGCAGCACUUAUUGAAUGGGGAGGAGCAAGCGAGGUUAGCUUGGAUAUGGGAUUAGAUUUGUCAAGAUUCUCAUUAUUCUACACCUGAAUUGCUUUGACCCUAAUACUCUACCCUGUUGUGAGCAAGAGAGAUAUCUCAAUGUUCAUCAGGCUAAACUCCUUCGGCAUAAUUUUUGUGUGAUUCAUAUUAAUCUAUAUUCUUGCUUAUGGAUUUUAUUCCUUGUCAAAUACAACAUUUGAGAUAUCUAAUGAAGAAAGUGAUUUAGAAGGCACUACAAGAAACAUUUCUCUCUUCAGGAAUAAAUUUAAUAACCUCGCAGGAAUGAUGACUCUAGGAUAUUACAUACAUAAUGUCUGUAUCUCCAUUGUCAAAGAGAAUAAGCACCCAGAGAAUAACACCAGAGAUGUGUUCAUCGGAUAUUUCCUAGUGUUUCUCAGCUAUAGCCUUGUUGGCUCACUUGGCUACCUCGGGUUUUCUGGGUACACUUUUAAGGCAAAUAUCAGAGAGACUGAGAAUUUACUGUACAUGUUCUCAGCCACAGAUAUGUUAGCCUUUGUGAUAAGAAUUAUCUGAUUUUGACAAAUGUUUUCGGUUUAUCCAAUGCUGUUCUGUGUGAUCAGAAAUCAAUUUGGAACAAUAUUUUAUCAAGGAAGAGAAUUAAGCAAUGAUAUUUACUUAGCUUUUAAUGCAACACUUCUAAUCGUAGCUACUAUUAUAGGAGCAACUUUCCCAAAAGUUGGAUCUAUCCUUGGAUAUGUCGGAGGAUUCAUUGGAUUAGGGUUGAUCUAUAUAAUUCCUAUUUCUCUAUUUCUUAAGCGCUACAAGUUGCAAAUAGAGGAUCCAAACUUAGUGGAGGCUCUUGAUAAUAACACAGUGCGUUCAGUUAAGAGAAAGAAUCCUGAAUUUUCACCAAAACUUGUUAUUGAAGAAUCCUCUACAAGUUCACCUGGUAAACAAGAUAUUGUGAAUCAAACCUCAGACAUGACGUUACAAGAGUCUCUUUUACAGAAUGGAAGUUACAAGACUUACAAAAAGAGUUUCCUAAAAUUCUACUUACUCUGAGUGAUCCAUGCCUUCAUCGUCCUUAUAGGAAUCAUUAUUUUAGCACUCCAGUUCCUCAGCUUCGAGGAAUGGUAAACUUAAAACAUUUCAGCAA